CAGUGGAGGAACAUGGCUGCUGCGGGACCCUGGGCAGGACACCGAGCCCGGCAUUGAAGACUGAAAGCGCGUCGGCUCGGCCUAAAUACACUGCUAAAAGAUCAGCCCAGCGAGCCGGCGAGCCGAGUGCCACCCCAAGACCGGGACGAUGAUGACCAGCGUGCGGAAGAGGUGUUUCCUCCUGAGCACUGUUGGCCUCCCUCAGGAUGGGGACAGCGAAGGCGACAGUGGCUUUGUGACUCCCGACAGCACCACCAAAGAGAAGGUGUCCCGCUUCAUAGAGGGAGAGGACGUGCUUUCCCAUGGCAAGGAUGGACUCUUCUAUCUUGGGGUCAUAGUUGUGGUGGACAGCGAGAAUGAGCGUUGCCUGGUCCAGUUUGAGGACAGCACGGCGCACUGGUCCCUCUACAAGGACCUGACCAAGCUGAAGCUCCCCGAGUCCGAUGACCUGUGUGUGGUGUGCAAGUCUUCCAAGAGCUGGGAAACCAAUGAGAUUGUACUAUGUCACAUCUGUGAGCAGGGCUACCACCAGGACUGUCUCCAGCCGCGGAUAGGCCAGGAGUUCUGCGAGCCGGACAGCCAGUGGGAGUGUCCUCGGUGCUCGGGACACUCCGCUAUGGAGAAGGAGGAGCGGAAGAAGUCUCGGGAGAACUCGCCACGGAAGCAACGGCCCCGCCCUCAGCCACAGAACCAGACCGAGGAGAACAACAAGCUAGUCCUGCCCUACGAUAUCACUUCCUUAAGCUGGGACCAAGGCCACAAGAGCAACAGGGAGCAGACGUACUGUUACUGUGGUGGUCCGGGUGAGUGGUACAACCGCAUGCUGCAAUGCCAGAGGUGCAAGCAGUGGUUCCAUGAGGCCUGCGUCGACUGCCUGCACCACCCACUCCUCUAUGGCGACAGGUUUUACGUGUUCGUGUGUGCGCUGUGCAACGAGGGGACGGAAUUCCUGCACCGGCUUGACGUGAAGUGGGUGGACGUGGUGCACCUCUCCAUCUUCAACCUGACGCUGCAGGACUCCAAGACUUACUUUGAAUACGAGGACACAAUAACACAGUGGAUCAACGACAACUGGGACCAACUGCAAGCGCCUCUUGGGCUGCAGAACAUGGGAGUGAGUGAGCGCAAACACGAAGUCCUCAGAGUCCUGGAGGGGAACAGACCGAGGUUUAAAUGUGGGCGGGAGAUCAAAAAGAAGACCAGCAUAUGGGGCCUGAGGGUGCGCGUGCCUCCCCCCGUCCCUGCCAUCACCCUCCCCUACAUCGGCCCCAUCACCGAGGACUCCAUCAAGCACAUCACCCUGCGGAACAAGAAGAUGAGGAACGCGGACAGCCCUGCCAUCCCCAACCUCUCCCCGCCCCCCACCCCGCCGAUAGCUAACCUGCCCCUCUCCUCACCUCCCCCCAGUCCCCCCAUUCCCCGGAGUUACAAGCUGCGUGAGGACAAGCAGGAGGAGAUGGAGGAGGCGAUGGGCCGCUUUAGUCCCGCCAAGAAGCGCGCCAUAUCUCCCUCGCCCCUUGACCAGGACGAGGAGAGUCCCGGGAGCUCUGGGCGGAGGAAACGGAAGCGGGAGCUCGAUAUUCUCAUGGAGGACAAGAAGGCCAAGAAGAUGAUCGAGGAGGUUGGGUCAGUCAAGGCCAACAGCACCACAGACUCCCAGGCUCCCGUCAAGAGGAAAAGAGGCCGGCCCCCCAAGAACCAGCCCUCCCUCGUCCCUGAAGACCUGCGUGACCUCAAGCAGAAGCGCGCCCAGAAGCUGCUCAAGGAGGCGCUCAAGCAGGGCCAGUCCCUCCACCCGGUGAGCAAGGCGGGGGGGCUGGAGCUGCCCACGCCGUCGUGCCACACGCCGGGGGACACCAGCGGGGACGAGACGUCCUCUCACGGCACGCUGGACUCCUUCAUCCCGCCACCCUCCAACUUUGAGGGCCAGAACAACCCCUUCCUCAACCUGGACUCCCUGAGCUACGGCAUGCCGGUGGUGCGGCCACUCAAGCGGAAGCUGAACGAGAGCGACAUCCGGAUCGGCAAGAACGGGGAGGUGAAGCGGCGGAAGGUGCGCAAGAAGGGCGAGAAGGGCAAGCUGGUGAGCCUGCUGCAGCAGCACAGCGGCGGCAACGGCCUCAGGCUGAGCUGCACCAGCAGCAUAAAGAACUGUGUGGACUAUGCGCUGAGCGGCCGCCUGGCCGCCGCCACGGGCAAGGACGGCUGCGGCGAGGGGGACGAGGCCAAGGUGACGGACUCGGGGUUCUCGCUCAGCGACCUCAAGUCCACCGUCAACAAUUACUUUGGGGCGGCAAACCGCAUUGCCAACGGGGAGAAGUUCCACGUGCGGGCGCGGCGCGUCAGCUUCGAAGAGAAAGUCCAGUACCUCAUAGAGUGGGACUGUCCAAGUUCCUCAUAAUGCAAGUUCCUGGAGUCCUCAAGGUGGUGGCUGGCCCUGAUGGCCUGUGCCCUGCUGGCCGUGGGGGUGUGGCUCAUCUCCACUGUGGCCGCUGCCCUGGCUGUCCCCCCCCUCCCCCCCCUUGAGUCACUGCUGAGUAUGUAGUAAGUGUUGACCCGUGUGUGGGCAGCCUCCCGGCCACCAGUGAUGCCAGGAGGAGCUGCUCCGGACAGCCGGGCCAGGGGAGGGCUGUUCCUGCCGGCAGCACUGGCCGGCAGUCAGUCAGCCGGCCCUAGCCCUCACUCCCUCUCCUCAGUGCUGCGUCAGUCUGCCGCCGGGGGCCACCAGACCGGCCAGCCAGCCUUGGGAAGGAGUACUCCACUGCCGCUACCACCACCACCACUACCACCACCACCACAACCACAACCACAUUCAGACUGUGUUCAUCGUGCACUGCCAGAGUGUUUGACCGAGUGACAGGUUUGUGUCGAGCGCAGUCAUCCGCCUCAACUUAAGUUUGUGAUAUGGUUGCUUCGGGAGGACGGGGAAGGAAGGAAGGAGGUCCGUGCAGGAGCCCAAACAAACAAAAGACUGACUGGUGAAAACUCUGAAGGCCGAGAGAGUCACUCCAACCCCAAGCAACCACAACAACAAGUUACUGUUUAGUCAUGUACAUAAGUCGCGUCUGUUUUGUGUUGGUAUUUAUCUGGAGACUCGGGUGCCGGGCGCUGGAGUGGGUGCCGCUGCUGUGUUGUUUUCACCCGCUGGAUUCCGUAUGUGUUGGACUCGUCUCUUUGGUGUCUGUUUCUCCGUUCCGUUGUCGUAACGUGAGUUGUGUUUCUCCGCGGCGGCGCCAGGAGACCCACUUGUCUUAUCAUUAUCUUUUUUGUACUUCUUCCCUCCCAUUAUUCCUUGACCUUAGGCGAGACACAGGUUGUCGCGUCCUCGGCGGCCUGAGGGAAGCCAAGCCGAGCGGCGCGUUACGUCGUGGGGAGUUUGUAACUUUGUUUGUUGCCAAAGAUUGCCGACUGUCUGAGGGCCGGCAGCAGGCUGGGUGAGCGAGGCCGUCCGUCAGGGGGCGGCCGACGACGUCCCUUGAUCUCUUAGCAUGUCAGUCUGUGGGGUGAUGGCAGCCUGACGCACCAGCCACUCAGUCCAGGGAUGACGCUGAUGAUCCGAGGAGAGAACAGCUGUCAGUCUCAUAAUCGUGAAUAUUCUGUUUUCAUCUCUGACCAAAGCAGUGAGUAAGGUGCGUGGAGGCUCAUCAAUCCCCCCCCAAUCUUCCUCCUGUUCUUUCCGCACCCAGCCAGCCAUCGCCCAGCCUACUGCCGGCUCGACCCUUCUCAUCACUGCCAUAACCUUUGUCGUGCUCAAGUCUGCGAUGUGUGUCAAGUCCACGAGACAUUCCAUGAAGAGGGAAAGAGGAGGAUAGCCGAGGGAACACUUAUUUGGGCGUCGUACAUACCAUUUACCGCUGCAUACUGCCAUGAAUGAACUGUUUAGCUGCUAGGGGUACCGGGUUUGGGGUGGCUGGCAGGGACGCACGCACCACCCAGGACGACUCACGACAGGCUAACACGGCUGCUCUGGGGGGACGAAGGGAAGGUCUGGAGGUCGACUGGUCAUUCCCAAAGUAGAGAUUGAUGAAUAUUUUCCAUUUUGACGGCCCGGGAAUUUACGUAUAGCAUCCCACUAGUCUAAAUUUUCUUUCCCCUGUUCCCUAAUUCACUGUCAUCAAAAUCAGGAACAUUUCUCAGUGUUUCAACAAGCAGAUCACCUCCCCUCCCUUCCUUUCCCUUCCCUUCCCUUCCCUUUCCUUCCCUUCCCUUCCCUUCCCAUCUCUUUCCUUCCACCUCCCUGUUUCUCCCUGCCAAGACUCUAUAAAGUUUUCUAAAUAUCUACUGUCAUUAAAAUCCCUUCCCUUCCCUGCCCUUUCAAGGUUCUAAAAAUCUACCAUUGUCAAAAUCAGUAACAUUUCUCAUCCUUUCCACAAACAGAUCACCUCCCUUCCCUUACUUACCCUUCCCUUGCCUUGCCUUCCCUUCCCUUCCCUUCCCUUCCCUUCCCUUCCCUUCCCUUCCCUUCCCUUCCCUUCCCUUGCCUUCCCUUCCCUUCCCUUCCAAGGUUCUAAAAAUCCACCAUUGCCAAAAUCAGGAACACUUCACAUCCCUUCUCCACAGCACAUCCCCUUCAGACCACAUCCCAGCCCUCCAGAGCAACCAUCCCGUCCUGAGCGGCCACAAGACUGUCGGUGCAUGUGCCUGGCCGAGCCCGCCCUGUACAUCUAUAAUAAUUUUUCCUGUCCUUUCCGUAUACCUAACGAUGACAGUACAAAGCGUUAGCAUCAUCUGCAGCAACAUCUGUUAGUUCUACCCUUUGCGUUGGUGGGGCCGAGAGAGUUAGGUUAGAGGAACAUUGAUGGCUUGUUCAGUAGCCAGGCUUUGUAUAGGGAUUGUGUGAGGCCGGAGGGAAGCCACGAGUGUGUGUGUAUGCAUGUGUGUCUGUAUACGAGACUUAUUUUGGGGUUUUGUGUAUGUUUCUGGGUGUUGUAAGGACCUCCCCCUCUCUCUCUCUCUCUCUCCCUCCUUUCUGCCCUCUUUCCCCUCUCUCACUCCUGUUAUUAUUAAUUUUUUGGGAAUUUUUUAUUAAUUUUUCUAUUUUUUUAGCCUCUCUCUCCCUCUUUCCCCUCUCUCACUCUUGUUAUUAUUUCGUUCUUUUGGAUUUUUAUUUAUUUCUACCAUUUUUUAAGCUUCUCCUCUUAUGUUCCCUUCAGUAUUUCAUUCCUUCAGUUUUAUUUAUUUUAUUUUUUACAUUUUUUGAACCUCCAUUAUCUCUCCCUUCAUUAAUUCUCGUCCAUCAUUUUUUUAGGCUUCCAAGUUCUCGUUCUCACAUAUAUAUUUUCCUUCUAUUUAACCUUCCUGCCCUUUAUCUUCCAUGCCCGUACCUCUCCCUUCUAUCUCCAUUAUCUCAUUAAUUCUUGUAUGUCAUUUUUUAGGCUUCCAAGUUCUCGUUCUGCCAUACAUAUUUUCCUUUAUUUUCCUGGCCUUUCCUCCUCGGUCAUUUUGUUCACUUUUAACUCAUUUUUUAGGCUUCCAAGUUCUCGUUCUGCCAUAUAUAUUUUCAUUUUAUUUUCCUGGCCUUUCCUCUUCCUUCUCGGUCAUUUCGUUGACUUUUAACUCAUUUUUUAGGCUUCCAAGUUCUCGUUCUGCCAUAUAUAUUUUCAUUUUAUUUUCCUGGCCUUUCCUCUUCCUUCUCGGUCAUUUCGUUCACAUUUAACUCAUUUUUUAGGCUUCCAAGUUCUUGCUCUUCCAUUCUCAUUUCCCGUCAAGUCGUUGGUUGCUUCCCUGCACACUUGAAUGGACGAUUUUUUAACCCAUUUUUUUGCCGGGAAAUUACUGUGUUGUAUUUAACCUUAUGAUAGUUAACCUUAGGCUUCUUACGGCAUUGGGUUCGCUUCUCGAUGUGUUGGUCCUGAGCCGUGCCGUGCCGUGCGUCGUGUUCGGAACCAAGUGCUCAUUGCCGAGGGAGGUGUCGCGUCCAGCCGUCGUAAAGCCCCUCGCUGGAUGCCCUUCACUCCUCUUUUCAUUUGCUCACAAUAGACAGUGUGGCCAAGGCUGCACACACCCACUCCAUUGCCACUCGGGUCAAGGGGAAACCGCAGGGAAAUAUCUGAGCUUAGACGUAAGAAGGAGGUCUCUCAGUGUCCCCCAAGUCACAUUAUCAUUAUUAUUGUUAUUAUUAUUGGUAUUGACCCCCAUAUGCUCUCCUGUACCAUCUGAGAGUGGUCUAAAUCCUCCCCUAUCCAUUUAGUAAUUAAUUUUAUUCUUUAUUUCUCUCACAAGUUAGUUAGUGAAGCAUAUCUAAAGUUUUAUCCCAGGGAAAUUGCUAACCUUUGACGACCUGUAUCUGUAUAGCCCUCAGCUCCUCCCCAUGUAGAAUUCACUCCCCCGGUCCUUCCCCAGAAAAAUUCACCCCCCCCAGUUCCUCCCCCAGUAGACUUCACCUCCAGUUCCCCCAGUAGAUUUCACCCCCACUUCCUCCCCUGCAGAAUUCACCCCCCAGUUCCUCCCCAGCAGAAUUCACUCCCCAGUUCCUCCCCAGCAGAAUUCACCCCUCCAGUUCCCCCCCAUAGUAAAUAUUCCUCUCCUCAAACUAAAAAUUUCCCUAUAGUUCAGUUUUCCGCAUUGGUUUCCCCCUGACCCGAGUGCCAAUGUGCGUGGUUGUGGCACCCUGCUGGCACACACACUCCACUACUGCCAGGAACAGCUCUUUGAAACACUGCCAAUUUUUGUGUCUCGCUGCCUCCUACGACGUCAAUGUCCCCAGGAACAGGGUGGAAGCGAGAGUGUGUUGGGGGAGCGAGCGCGCAUGUGUGUGUGUGUGUUGACCCUUACGAGUACAGGAUCUGAGUCUGGCUUGUGUUGUGUGACCUCCGUUACCGUGGUCGAGUUUAGCUAUAAGUCAUGGGUGUCAGAGUUCCUCCUCAUUCAGGUGACUCCAUGUAUUGUACCUCUUUGCAUCCUUUCUGAUGGGUGUCCAAGAUCCUCCUCCUCAUUCAGGCGACUCCAUACAUUGUACCUCCUUGCAUCCUUUCCGUAGCUGUUAUUUUUUAUUUUUGUUUUCAUAUCUCCUUGUACUGCCACUCUUCCUUAUAAGUGAGUCUUCCCUGUGUGUGUGUGUGUGUGUGGCGAGUUUCUCUUCCUAUCUGCUUGGUUGUUUCCUCGGAGGAGUUUCAAAGUACGUAAAUGUUCCAAUACUACUGUGGGUUUACGUUCCCAGAGGAGGCGGGAUGAUUAGGCUAACUCUGAUCCUGUAUUUGAGAACUGGGUAAACACACACACACACACACACAGACACAGACACCAUACAGCUGACGAGUGGCAUGCUACGUGAAAUUCAAAUCCUGCUUGUCGUAAAAUCGUAGGGAAUUUACGAAACCAUGAAAUACAACACCCACACCCACACACACACACACACACACACCAGUACACUCACCGCUCCCACUGACACACUCUCGAACUUAUUUUUGUUUUCUAGUCAUAGUGUAUUUAAACGGUCAUCGCAGGCGAUAGGCAAGGAGUCCCCCCACCUGUCAUUCUGUGUCCUUGGUGUGGUAUGUCAAGAUUAUGUGUCUCGGGGGCGGGGCGUGUCGGUCUGGGUGUCUGAAUACGCGCUGUUGUCUUGACCUGCGCUCGUGUUGGGGUCGGAAGUAUGGCCGGGGGAAUUUGAGAUGUGGAAAUGGACGGAGACGAGAUGGAGAUUGGAAGGAAGGGAGAAGGAGAUAGUGGAGAUAAGGGAGAACUGUGGAGGUGUGGAAAUGAGCGAUUGUCAGAGUACAGCUUGGAGGAAGAAGAGGAGAAGGGAAGGAAGGAAGGAAGAAAGGAGAAAAUGUAGAAUAAUGGAGGAAGAGGAGAAGGAGAGGAAAUGAGGGAGUGAAAGAAAGGAAAAAGAGAGGAAGGGAAGGGAAAAAAAGAGAAGGAAAGGGA